UUGCGGCUGCGCCCGGCCUUUACCUCACAGAGGCGUCGGCGCCGCCGCCUCCCCUCAGCGCCAGGCUGCGCGGCCCCGGCCCCCUGAGCGCGCGGCCCGCCCAGGUCGGUGUGCGGCGGGAGGGCGGCUCCGGCUCCUCGCUCCCUUCUCCCCGUUCUCGUCGCCGCACGCGCGGCUCCCUCGGGGCCGCCGUUUUCGGGCCGCGGGGCCCGGGGCGGCCAUGUCGGAGCAGCCGGGCCUGGCCCUGCAGCAGACCAUGGACAGAAGCUGCUGGGUUUGUUUUGCUACCGAUGAGGAUGAUCGGACAGCAGAGUGGGUGAGACCUUGCAGGUGCAGGGGCUCCACGAAAUGGGUUCAUCAGACUUGUCUACAACGCUGGGUGGAUGAAAAGCAAAGAGGAAACAGUACUGCUAGAGUUGCUUGUCCUCAGUGCAAUGCAGAAUAUUUAAUAGUAUUUCCAAAGCUAGGUCCAGUUGUUUACGUUUUGGAUCUUGCAGAUCGUCUGAUCUCAAAAGCAUGUCCAUUUGCUGCAGCUGGAAUAAUGGUGGGCUCUAUAUACUGGACAGCAGUUACAUAUGGAGCUGUGACAGUGAUGCAGGUUGUGGGUCACAAAGAAGGUCUUGAUGUCAUGGAGAGAGCGGAUCCUUUAUUUCUUUUGAUUGGACUUCCCACUAUUCCAGUAAUGCUAAUACUGGGCAAGAUGAUUCGUUGGGAGGACUAUGUGCUCAGACUGUGGCGUAAAUACUCUAAUAAACUACAAAUUUUAAACAGCAUAUUUCCAGGCAUUGGGUGUCCUGUUCCUCGUAUUCCAGCAGAGGCCAACCCUUUGGCUGAUCACGUCUCUGCUACACGUAUUCUAUGUGGAGCUCUAGUUUUCCCUACUAUCGCCACGAUAGUUGGCAAGCUGAUGUUCAGCAGUGUUAAUUCAAAUUUACAAAGGACAAUCCUGGGUGGAAUUGCUUUUGUUGCUAUAAAAGGAGCUUUUAAGGUUUACUUCAAACAGCAGCAGUAUUUGCGCCAAGCUCACCGCAAAAUCUUAAAUUAUCCUGAGCAAGAAGGUGCAUAAAGCUGUGAUCUUCUGAUGUCGUACAGUCUCACCUAACAGGUUUCCAUGUUCUAUUGGUUCCAUCAUUAUUGCACAGUAGUGGAGAAUUGUGAUAAGUUGCUGCUCCUAUUUUUUUUCUUUAAGUAUAAUAAAGCACUGUCAUGUGGCAGGGUAAAUCUUUUCAGAAACCACUGAACCUAAGAAUGUGAUUUGCUUUCAUUAUUUUUGGGUAUUUCUCUUGGGCAACAGGCUUCUGAAACAGGUUCUGAAACAGCCAACAUGCUGAAUGGGGGGGGGGGGGAAACAGCAUCAACUACAGAAUAAAAACAUUUUAAAUUGUGUAGUUAAUGUAGGCCUCAUCCGGAUGCCUUUUCUACUGUUUUCCUACCCAGGCUAUUGUCCAUUUCAGCACUUCACACAAUGAAGGGACUUUUUUUUUGUUUAGAAAAAGAAAUGUGAGUCAUUACUAAGGAGAAGUAAUUGUGGGGCAUCUGUCAAUAAAGAUUUCCUUGUUUUUUGCUGGUGUGAAACAGGGAGUGCGCAAUACUCAAAUGGCUGGCCAGAGACAGCAGAAGACAGGUAACUCUGCAGGACUUUUAUGUCAGCUUCAGUCACCUAAGUACUAGCUGUCAAAAUUAGCAUGGCUUCCAGGUGACUGUUACUGCUGAUCAUUUUUACUGUCCUCUUGUAUCUUCUGCAGUGCCUAGUGUCACUUUCUCAUGGCCUUUUUUUUAACUGUUUUGUAACUGGUACUGGAUAGCUUUUUUUUUUUUUUUUUUCCCUUCACAGUAAAGUAAUUACACAGGAAGUGAAUUUCAGCUGCUUAUUUUCUAGUUAAGUAUUAGAGCAAUUGUUUAGUUCUCAUGUUCCUUCUCAUUAUGUAAGCAUCUGUACAAGUGAAAAUCGCAGAAAUGUGAGGAAACAUUGGACACUAAAGCCCCAUUUAGAAGGAAGCUGUCAGUUUAAACUUCCAGAUCUGGGUGCACACAUCAGUUCCUGUGUAUGGACUAGGCUCUUCUCUGCCCAAGCCAGCUGUAGUGGAAGGAUAGCCAGGAACACUGGCUGGUGGAGGGUGACACUACACUUUGGGUCCCUAACUUGAGUAUAGUACAUACCAGCAGGUUAGACAGCUUAAGACAACUUGAACCCAUUCUGUAGAGAACAAAGGAUAAAUCUUAAACGUGUAAUAAGUUAAUUUAUUUAUACAGUAAGCUCUACUGUUACAGUAUGUUUGAAGUAGCCUGCUGAGGGAGACAUUAGCACUUCAGUUAUUUGAUGUAUUUAUAAACUUCAACAUAAAUUAACUGUUUUGCAAAGUUAAUUUUUGACAAACAUAGUAUGGCCAUUUAAUAUUCAUCCCAAACCUAGCCCAGAUUUAGUACCUGUGAAGUUUUCUUUACAACAAAAUAUUUGUUUUUCUCAGUUUACUUUCUUGUUCAUAAUAUUACAUGAAAUGCAUGGAGGCAGGUUUUAAAAAAAAAAAAAGACGAAAAAAAACUUGGUGGAAGUAUUCAUAAGUAAAUAUUUCUUUUCACCGGAAACGAAGUAAAUGCAGAGUGAACUUCAUAUUUGAUUGCAAUAAUGUAUCUUAAAGAAAUUCAAAAUAUGGUACCUUUUCUAUAGUAUGAUUUGUCUUAAAUAUUGAGAUGUAAUAUUUUAGAACUGUAUAAAAAUGUAUAUAAUGGCCACCUAGUAUUCAAAAAAACUACAGGUAUUGAAAAUUAUAUAUUCAAUCCAUAUCAAAUACUUCAAGGUUCUUGCUGUAACUGAAGAAUUACUAUAAUCUUGUAAGGCUGCUGAUUAUAUUUGUCUUAGUGGGCUCACUUUUAUAUAAACUUCAAAUGGAGUAGCAACCUCUGCAAGUUGCUGCUUUCUGUAAGAUAGUCUUGAAACAAUGUAAUACAUAUUUCUUACAGAAUUCCUCAUUUCGAGAAAACAGCUUUUCAGUGGUCUGUACUGUAUAUAUUUCCAGACAAUUUAUUACUGUUUUUUAAAGUUUCAUGAAGAAUUGAAUGAUGCAAAUUAGUGGUCUUGUAACUUGUUCUAUGGGAAAGGUCAUUGUCUUCACUGAAAAUUGUAAAAAAAAAAAAAAAAAAAAAAAAAAAAAACAAUUACAAAAAAUACUGUAUGGAUUAUAAAAUGAUUUAAACUGAGUAGCAGAUGGUCAUUACUUUGGUUACUAUGUUGUAAAUCUUGUUUUUGGUAUUGCAAAUUAUAGUUAUGUUGAAUUAGGUUGAAUAAAUAUUUUUUACACUC